AUGGAGAACAGAACUGGCAUCCGUGAGUUUAUCCUCCUGGGAUUCCCAUCGGGAUUGGAACUCCAGGCCUUUCUCUUCCUGGUCUUUCUGGUCACCUAUGUGCUGACAAUCGCUGAGAACAUAGUUAUCAUUUCUGUGGUCAAGCAGAACCGUCACCUCCAUAGACCCAUGUACUACUUCUUAGGCAACCUGUCUUUCUUGGAAAUCUGGUACAUCUCUGUAACCUUGCCCAAGCUUUUGGUCAGUUUUUGGUCUCAGAACAAGAGCCUGUCUUUCUCCAGUUGCAUGGCCCAGCUCUACUUCUUCAUCUCCCUCAUGUGUACUGAGUGCGUCCUCUUGGCUGUCAUGGCCUAUGACCGCUACCUGGCUGUAUGCCACCCGCUCCGCUACCCAGCCAUCAUGACUAACCGCCUGUGCUUUCAACUGUCAGCUUUCUCCUGGGCUGGUGGCUUCUCCAUCUCACUGGUCAAAGUAUACUUCAUCUCACGCCUGAAAUUCUGUGGCCCUGGGAUCAUCAACCACUUCUUCUGUGACAUCUCCCCAGUGCUGAACCUCUCCUGUACUGACAUGUCACUCGCAGAGACAGUGGACUUCGCACUAGCUUUGGUCAUCUUGCUGAUCCCACUCUUUGUCACUGUCUUCUCAUACCUCUGCAUUAUUGCUGCCAUCCUGCGCAUCCCCACUGCUCAGGGGAGGCAGAAAGCCUUCUCCACCUGCACCUCCCAUCUCACUGUGGUCAUCAUUUUCUUCUCAGCCACUAUCUUCAUGUAUGCCCGGCCCAGGAGGAUCCAUCCUUUCAACCUCAACAAGGUGGUAUCCAUUUUUUAUGCAGUAGUCACACCGGCACUGAAUCCUCUGAUCUACUGCCUGAGGAACAAGGAGGUGAAAGAUAUUCUGAGAAAAACCAUAGGCAGGAACUGCUCCCUGCCCCACAGGGUUGGCAUGUAG